CCUGCUCACAGGGGCUUUGCCUAGCCCCUCUCUGGAGCUGAGCGCCCAGCCUGGCUUGGCCCCCUCACGGUGCCCUGUGUCUCCUGGUAAUGGUGCCCUGUCUCUGCCCACAGGAUGCUGCCACUCGCAGACCAGGUGCUGGAGCUGCUCAGCCUAGAGCAGACCCUGCUCUGCACUUAUGCCAUCUCUGCCCUGCUCCUGGCUGCGCUGGCACUGCUCCUCCACCUGCUCCUGCAGCUCCUGGGCUUCUUCCACCGAUACUAUGUGAACUGCCAGCGUUUGCGCUGCUUCCCCGAGCCCCAGCGCCGCAACUGGCUGCUGGGCCACCUGGGCAUGGUGCAGAGCACAGAGGAGGGGUUGCAGAGCUUUGAGGAGCUGGUCAGGCACUACAGCCACUCCUGCCUCUGGUGGCUUGGGCCCUGGCGCCCCAUUGUGAGGCUCUUCCACCCAGAGGCCAUUAAGCCCGUGUUGCAGGCAUCAGUUGCCGUUGUCCCCAAGGAUCCCCUGUUUUAUGGGUUCCUAAAGCCCUGGCUGGGGGAGGGUCUGUUGCUGAGCAAUGGGCAGAGGUGGGGAUGGCACCGGCAUAUGCUGACACCGGCCUUUCACUUCAACAUCCUGAAGCCCUACGUGAAGAUCUUCAACCAGAGCACCAACAUCAUGCAUGCCAAGUGGCGGCGACUGGUGUUAUCAGGCUCCCCCUCCCUGGAUAUAUUUGAGCAACUGGGCCUUAUGACCCUGGACAGCCUGCAGAAAUGCAUCUUCAGCCACCACAGUGACUGCCAGGAGUGAGUGAGCUCCAUGCCUGCAGCUUCCCUGUAGCCCUGGGAUGGCCCUGGAAGGGGUGGGGCUGGGGGGCAUCUCACUUCCAGGAUGCUGUGUAUCUGCUGCUUGAGCCAGAACUCCCUCCUCUGAGCCUGCCCCCACCUUGGAUUGCCCUGGGAACAC